ACCUCUUCCAAUUUACUGCAGUUGUUGAAAAGAGAGGAGAAGCAUCGCAGAUAGACUUGGAGAGGCAUUGACACAGUGAAUACAUUGCACGCAUCUGGUGCUGUCCAUCACCAUGGCAUUCCUUCUGACGUUUGUCACUCUGCUCCAUCUCAUCACACUGGCCAUUCUCUUCAUCGCUACCAUGGAAAAAUCCUGGUGGGUUUGGUACGGCUCAGAGAACUCAGACCUGUGGUUCAACUGUCGAUUCGACAAUGAAACAGAAGCAUGGUUCUGUGCAACAUCAGAAGAGACUGAGUGGCUUCAAGCAGUCCAGGUACUGAUGGUCCUGUCUGUGGUCUUCUCCUCCAUUUCAUUCCUGAUAUUCCUGGGGCAACUCUUCACCAUGUCUAAAGGAGGACUCUUCUACCUCACUGGUGUCUGCCAGGUGUUUGCAGGCCUCAACACCUUUACUGCCACACUCAUUUACACUAUGCACAAUAAAGAAAUCCUUCAGGACUCCAGGGAGUUAAGCUCUGGACACUUUGGUUACUGCUUUUUCCUGGCAUGGGCUUGUGUACCUUUGCUUCUGUGCAGUGGAAUUAUGUACAUCCAUUUGCGCAAAAGGGAAUAGCUAUGACUUUUCCAAUCCAUAAAAAAGACAAGCCAUGCAAAGAAUGUUUGCUGUUGAUGCACUCCAGUGAGUGAUUAUAUACUUUAUGAUAGCUCCAUAUUACAAAUAAGACAUUUACUUUUCACUUAUUUAGACUGUAAAUAGCUAUAAACACACUGCUGAAAUAUAAACAACACAAAUCUUGGCAAAGAUCAACAAAAAUGUUGUUAACUCUUAAAGGGCAACCAUGACUAAUAUAUUGGAUUACAUGAAUUACUUGUAAUUUAAUAAAAGGAGGCAUAUAACUUCAUGUUGUUUUGUACUGAAGAGAUACCUAAAUACAUUACAUCAAUAUGAAAAUGUAUUAAGAUGUAUUUUUAUAAAUAAAAUUGACUUUUAGUCAUUAGUGUCUGAUCCCAAAGAUGUUUUCAUUACUGUACCUGUGCUAGAUGCAAUGGAAGAUGCAGCUACGACAGACAGUGGAAUGAAUGGAGGAGGGCCUACUUUGCAGACCUUGGGAGUGCAUGACAAACUCAUGACUCCGGU